CUCUGCUUUCUAUAAUCUAAUCUCUCUUCAGCUCUUCCAUCCCUCUCAUUUCCUUGUUUGACAGCGGUUUCCCAUUCUGGUUUUCUUUCUUUUUUCUUUUUUUCAAAAUCUUCUGGUUCGUUAAUUUGUUUCCUUUCUUGUGUUAAUGGAUUUUUCUAUAAUUCAAUUUUAUCUCAUUUGUGUUCAACAAUGGCUGGAAUGAAAGACGCCCAUAUCGUAGAAAUCCCAGUAGAUGAAGAGCACCAGCAGAAACUGAUAUGUGCCAUAAACACUAUAUCAGCAAUUCAAAACUACCCGUUAGCAGAAAUUUCUAAUUGUCCAGGUCAUCUUUUGCUUCUCAAGCUAUGGCAAAGAGAAGAGAAUCUUUUCGGCCGCAGAAUUGCUUUGAAAGAGUCGAGAAUGGUCUCUAUCAAGCGCGAAAUCUUUCACCUUUGUUGUUUCUUUUUAGUCAUUCAAUGGAUUUUCUUAACCAUUUUGUUUACCUCUUCUGUUGAUAGUAAAGAGCAUACUUGCAAGAAUUGGAGGAUACCUUCUCUUGUGUCUGUCUGCACUUCGCUUGAGUUUGUGUCUUUGGUUCAGGUUAAGAUUUGCAGUUACUGGAAGGUGUCCAGGCAGUUGCAAAGAGAGAAGAAUAAUGACAGAGCUCUUGCUAAGUGUAUUCAAGAGUUGAGAAUGAAAGGGGCUAGUUUUGAUUUGUCUAAGGAACCAAUGAGUGGAAAGAGAAUGAAGAGCUCAAGCGUUGAGAUCAAAUGGAAGCCAUUUACUUGGUGUUCGCAGUAUUUGAUUACAAUUUGUCUUGUUUCUUUGUCAUGUUUGGUGUUUCCUGCUUCCAAAUUCAUCCUUUGCGGAUUCUGAUCAGGGAAGCCUGCUAGCUUGUGGAUUUCUCCAAGUCAGCGUCUAAGCAAGAAGUUUGUAAUGAUCUUGUUUAAUCUACAACAACAAAGAAUUUGCUGGCUCAGUUCUCUGAUCAAUUACUUGAAGAUCUCUUGUGCACCAUUCAUACAAGUACUUGCAGUGCUAGAAUUUGAGAGGCUUGAUAAUGGCAUUGCCUAAUCUCAUCACGGGGAUGAAGCAUUUCAGUCCGAUCAUUUGUUAGUAGGAGUCAUAAUUUUACGGGCUAAAAAGGAAAUCGGUCAUAUCGUUCCUCCCUGAAUUCCAGUGCGGAUGAGAAGGAUACCAGAUCAAUGAUGCCAACGCCGCUUCCCUUCUGCCAAGUGCAACUUCAAUCAUCUUGGUUCCGGCGUUCAAGGAACUUCAAUUACGUGGCAGCAUCAAUUUUCUGCAAUGUCAACUUUGAGCAGACACCAAAGAUGCCAUUAGCUCACAUCGGCUGAAUCAAGAAUCUUUC